GUGAUGCGCUGUGAGACACUGCCUGGCUUUACCGGAGAGAGGCAGACGGGACCUUCUAUCUUGCUGAUAACCAAUAUGCAAGUCCAUUGGGAUUGGCUGUGUUUGGGUGUCUUGUUAAUCAGCUCAAUAAGUGCAGAAAUGCAUGAUGAAGAAAUCCAGGAUGCAGAUGUUGAGGUCGAGGAUUUUGACAAGAACUCGCAAGAAACUGAUCUUGACAAAGGCAGCUCUUCUCUAGAGGUUAUGUACAAGACUCCAAAGCCUACUGGGGAAGUAUAUUUUACAGAAACCUUUGAUGAUGGAGUAUUGACUGGGUGGAUAUUAUCUAAAACCAAGAAAGAAGAUACAGAUGAAAACAUUGCUAAAUAUGAUGGAAGAUGGGAAGUAGAAGAGCUUAAAGAAAACACAGUGCCUGGAGACAGAGGAUUAGUUUUAAAGUCAAUAGCAAGACAUCAUGCAAUAUCAGCUAUGUUAACAAAGCCAUUUAUUUUUGAUACUAAGCCUUUGAUUGUUCAGUAUGAAGUGAAUUUUCAAGAUGGCAUUGAUUGUGGCGGUGCAUACGUUAAACUUCUGUCCAGUUCUGAUGAUUUGGAUUUGGAAUACUUUUUUGACAAAACACCUUACACAAUUAUGUUUGGACCAGAUAAAUGUGGAGAAGAUUACAAACUGCAUUUUAUCUUCAGACAUAAGAAUCCUAAAACUGGAGAUUAUGAGGAAAAACAUGCUAAGCGUCCUGAUGUAGACCUAAAAAAAUUCUAUUCGGACAAGAGGACACAUCUGUAUACUCUGGUGCUGAAACCAGAUGACACAUUUGAAAUGUUAAUUGACCAAUCAGUUGUCAGCAAAGGAAAUCUUCUGGAAGAUAUGGUUCCUCCUGUGAACCCUCCAAAAGAAAUAGAAGAUCCCAAUGAUAAGAAGCCAGAUGACUGGGAUGAGAGAGCAAAGAUCCCUGACCCUAAUGCUGUCAAACCAGAUGAUUGGGAUGAAGAUGAGCCUUCCAAAAUAGAAGAUCCUGAUGCUGUUAAGCCUGAGGGCUGGCUUGAUGAUGAACUACAAUACAUCCCAGAUCCCAAUGCAGAAAAACCAGAGGAUUGGGAUGAAGAAAUGGAUGGUGAAUGGGAAGCCUCACAGAUCCCUAAUCCAAAAUGUGAGACUGCACCUGGCUGUGGAGAGUGGGUGCGUCCCAUGAUGACCAAUCCAAACUAUAAAGGAAAAUGGAAACCACCAAUGAUAGAUAAUCCUAACUAUCAGGGGAUCUGGAGUCCUCAAAAAAUCCCUAACCCAGAUUAUUUUGAGGAUCUUCACCCAUUUGAAAUGACUGCUGUUAGUGCUAUUGGUUUAGAGCUGUGGUCUAUGACCCCUGAUAUAUACUUUGAUAAUUUUAUCAUCUGUUCAGAAAAGGAAGUGGCAGAUCGAUGGGCUGCAGAUGGCUGGGGCUUGAAGAAAUUGGUAGCUAGUGCUAAUGAGCCUGGUAUGUUUAGUCAGUUGGUGACUGCUGCAGAAGACCGCCCAUGGCUUUGGGUUCUUUAUAUCUUGACUUUAGCACUGCCUGUAGGAUUGGGUGUAUUGUUCUGCUGGCCAACCAAGAAAAUAGAAGAAGACAUUGACUACAAAAAAAUGGAUGUCUCUAAGCCAGUUACAAAGGGAGAACUAGAACAAGAGAGAAGGGAGAUAGAUGAUGAAGCAGAAUUGGAAGAAGAAAAAGAAAAUGAAGAUAUUGCUUUAGAAGAAAGAAGACAAAUUGAGGAGACGAAAAAAGAGAUGAUAAAGGAGAAAAAGAAGAAAGGAAGGAAAGAUUCUCCCUCAGGUGAAGGUGAGGGUGAAGGUGAAGAUAAAAAUGAUGAAGAGGAGAAUGAAGCUGCAGAAGGAAGUCAGGAAGAAGAAGGUGACAAAUCAAAUAAAUCUGGCUCAGAGGAUGAGAUGAAAGAAGCUGACGAAAGCACAGGGUCUGGAGAUGGUCCAAUGAAAUCAGUACGCAAAAGAAGAGUACGAAAGGACUGA